GUCAGUUGAGGUUUGUUACGUUGGUAGUGGGAGUUCGAGACAUCGAAAGCGGUUUAACGCUUCCGUCGUGGCUGUAAACAAGCUUAUUUUGUUUACCUGUUUUCAAAUUUCUGGUGCUUUUUUGCGUUAACCGAAGUAGCUUUCAGAAAGUAAAAUGGAAAACAGUGAAAGUGGAGACGAUCUAGGGGCUGGGUUUCUCAGUGGUGAUGGUCAUUACUUAGUACAGGCGGAGGAUUUGGAUGAUGAUGACCCAGAUGCUGUGAUGACUGGUGAAAAUACAGAUGACUCCAACCAUGAAGAUGACAAAAACGGUUUGCCAUUGCGAGAGCAAGACAGAUUUCUACCUAUAGCCAAUGUUGCCAAAAUUAUGAAAAAAGCUAUACCUGAGUCUGGCAAGGUAAAGAUAGCAAAAGAUGCCAGGGAGUGUGUCCAGGAGUGUGUAUCUGAAUUCAUAAGUUUUAUCACUUCUGAGGCAAGUGAUCGUUGUCAUAUGGAGAAACGUAAAACUAUUAAUGGUGAAGAUAUUCUGUAUGCCAUGACAACACUAGGGUUUGAUAACUAUGUUGAACCAUUGAAACUGUACCUGCAAAAGUAUAGAGAGACUACGAAAGGGGACAAAGGGAUUCCUUCUGGAGAUGGAUUUGAAGACAAUUCAUUUAGCAAGUUUCUAGAUUUUGAAUAGUAAUUUUGUCAUUGUUUAAGAAAAAUGUCUGAGGAAUCGUCUCAUGUCAUUGCUAAGCCAACACCAAUAAUGGGGGUUUGAACCCAUUCAUGUUAUCUUGUAAUAAGAUUUUUUCAUCUUUGUCAUGCUCUCUUCCCUCAUUUGUACAUCUAUCAUAUUUGUAUUUAUUGUGUAUUUAGCUAUAAGUAGAAAAUUAAGGUUUUGUUUCAAUGUUUGAAGCUUUAGUUUUGAGCUGCAAUUGUUUAAGCUCCAUUUGCACUGAGCUAUUGUGAUACUGCAACUUUGCUAAAUUUUUGUUUUUGUACUUACUUUAGAGAUAUGUGCUCGAAAGUACUAGCAAUUUUUUUGGUAUAAAAUAAUGCACAUGUAAAAAAAUUUGAAAUAAAAGUAUCAAACCAAAA